AUGGCAGCGGUUGCCAUCGUAGCCGUAGUCGUGGAAGUCGUAGGAACCAUCUGUUUUGACACGGACUUCCCCUCGGUCACGCGACCGAUCGGUUCAGCUGAUGUGCUUCUGGAGAGCAGUGCCACCUGGAGUAACAUCGGCCGCCAGCAUCUGCAUGGGCACCAGUAUGCGGCACUGGAGAAUGGUCAGACCCUGGUGAAGUGCACCUACAUGGGCUUCAGUGGAGCUAUCAACCCAUAUGGCUCCAUCAUCAUCCAGCUUCCUCAGACCAAGAGGAACGUAGUCUAUUUCCAGGUGCCGCGCUUCCCCAAGGCAGCUGUUUUCCCUUGGAUGUACACUGCUUUCGACACUUUCAUGGGCAUUUCGGCGUGUGUCUGGCUUGUCUUGGCAUUGUCACCUGAAAUCAGUAGCCGUGUGCUGGGCGAUGGCCAUCCGUAA